GAGUUGGUUCUAGACGGUAGACGGCAGUUCUGCUGUCUCCAGUUGCGUUAAUGUUUGUGAGCAGCUUCAGGAUGGUUGUUUGCCUCCUUUAGAUCAGUUUUCCUGGGCAACACAGUUAGUCCAGUCGUGCAGCCGGCUCCCUCGGGGUCUCAUCUGGAUUGGUUGGGAGGUGACGGGGUGGGAGAGGCAGUCCGCUGGUGAGGGUCUGAGGCGCUCUCAUUUGCUCUCAGUCUGUCCUGACAACAAGAUCAGCUGCUUCACAGCCCGGAAGGACUCACUGGAUCCUGCAGAUCAGUCACAAAGGAGCCCAACACACCAGCGUGCACUGGGAUUGACUGCAGAAAGAAGAUUUGCUGGGAUUACAAGAAAAGGGACCUGUCAGAUUACAGCGAUGCAUGACGGGCCUGCAGAGGUGUGACGUCCCGCGCAGCCAGGAAAUGUGAAACCAGAAUCAUGCCAAAGCCGCUGCCAGCCCGGCACAAACUGCUGCUCACACUCCUGUCUGCUGCCCUCAGCCAGCAGACGAUGGGCUCAUUGCUGGAGAAUGUCAUUUCCCAGCGGGCCGAGUACUGGGAGAACUGCAACAGAACCCUGUCUGCCGCUCAUCCAAACCACGGAAACUUCUGUAAGGGAGCGUUUGACAUGUUUGUGUGCUGGCCCCAUUCGGCUCCUGGAAAUGUGUCGGUCCCCUGUCCUUCCUUCUUACCCUGGAUCACUGAGGGCAGCUCCAGGAAAGCUUAUCGGGAGUGUUUAGAAAAUGGGAGCUGGAGACGCAGAGAGAACUCCUCCGAGCCGUGGAGGGAUGACUCCGAGUGUGUGGAGGAGCAGUAUUUUAAAGACACGGAGGAGGAAAAGCUUCGGCACAACGCCCUCAGGCUGAUCUCUGUCGCUGGAUAUUCACUGUCGCUCUUCUCCCUGUCGCUUGCCACUCUGGUCAUGGGCGUGCUGAGGAAGCUCCACUGCACCAGAAACUUCAUCCACAUGAAUUUGUUUGUGUCGUUCAUCCUGAGAGCUGUGGCUGUCAUGUCCAAAGAAAUCAUCCUGCACGUCAUGUAUUCAAACCUGCCUAAAGACGAUCCUGGGUGGAACACCUAUUCCAGCUCCCCGAUUGCAGUGAUGUGCAAAUUCUCCAAAGUGUGCCUGGAGUAUUUCGUGGCCUGCAACUACUUCUGGCUGCUGGUAGAAGCCAUUUUCCUUCACACACUGCUCUUCACGGCUGUGCUGACCAAGAGGCGUCUGCUGAAGAAGUACAUGAUGCUGGGAUGGGGAACUCCUGUCCUGUUUGUGACGCCAUGGACUGUGCUUAAAAUCCUGUACGAGAACACAGGAUGCUGGCUGAUCAUGAACCGGUGGUUCUGGUGGAUCAUCAGGGGUCCGAUCACGUUCUCCGUGCUGAUCAUUUUCUUCAUCUUCAUAAAGAUCCUGAUGCUGCUGCUGUCCAAGCUGAAAGCAGAUCAGGUCAAAUUUACAGACUACAGAUACAGUCUGGCUAGAGCAACGCUGGUUCUGAUUCCUCUGCUGGGGAUCCAUGAGGUGGUAUUUACGAUUCUGGUGGAUGAGUGUGUGGAGGGCAGCAGCCGCUACGCUCGCAACUUCAUCAACCUCACCCUCAGCUCCUUCCAGGGCUUUCUGGUUGCUGUGCUGUACUGUUUCGCCAAUGGAGAGGUCCAAGGUGAGGUGAAAAAGCGAUGGCAGCUUUUCUUGUUCAAUAACCACUUCAACGUCAGAGGCUGUUUGGGGGGAGCGCCCCUUAAGCAGCUGUGGAAGAGCACUCGCGGGCAGAACCCUCAAACCUCCCAGCAGUGCGACUCCAGCGAUGAAGGCGGGCCCCCCAUGGCAGCUGCUCACCUGCUCCAGGUGUCGGCGCACAGAGGAGGCCGGGCGCUCGGCCUGUCCGAGGUCAGGGCUCACGGGCUGAGGAGCUACGACAACCCGGGGCUGGACUUCCUCACCAGGAAGAGUCUGUCCAGCAGCGACGGGGAAAUUACGACAGGGGAGACCAUGGAGGAGAUCCUGGAGGAGAGCCAAUUCUGAGGUGGGACGGCCCAAAGUACAUGUAUGGUUAAAAAAUUAUACAGCUGCAGCUGUUGUGUAAAAGUAAAGUCACAGAAUCACAAAAUGUGAAAAGAUGAAGACAAAGAAAUGGAAGCAAACGCAUUGAUAGUGAUAAAGAAAAAAAUCAUAUAAAAUUAAAAAACAAAAUGAGAUUUCUAUCCAAUUUCAAUUGAAUCCAUUGUCUACAAAAAGAUGCUUCAAGUAGUCCCAGAAAAAAAAUACUAUCUUGAGUCAAAUUUAUUUAUAUAAAAGCUCACAUAUUUGCUAACCUUUCCCAUUAUUUAAAUUUUUCUUGAACUUUGGAGAAGAUGAAAGAUUUGAAAUGAUCUGAACCGGGAUCUUUUCAAAGUUUCCAGACCUUCAGGGUCUCUAAAUGGAUAAAAGAGCGUCAGACGUUGGAGAUGACGUCACAGAUUUUCUCUGCCUUGUUUAAAGUUUUGUGUUUCCUCUCCUGUAAAUAAACUCUAAGGGUAAAACUCCAUUAGAUAAAGGGGCUUUAUUAAGAGGUCAUUGGUGAUUGUGUGAUGAAUGUUGUGUAUUCCUGAAAUAGAUAAUCUGUACAUUUCAUGAUAGUGUUGUAAAGGAAAGCGUUUUGUAUAUUUUGCAUUUUUGUCACUACAUUUAUGCACUUUUGAAAAUAACAAAAUCCUGAUUUUUACUGCCUUGUGAAAAAGUACAAGCAUUCCUCAUGAUAUGUUGACCAUAUAAAUGUCAGCACAGGUAUAAGUGCGACUAUAAUAUAAAUAUUUGUCUCAUUGUGUAUAAUGCUGUGUAUAAACUGUUCAGCAGGUUUUAUAUUUUCCUUUUUUUUCCUACUUCUGUGAACCUUAAAUGUUUGAAACGCACAAAUUAAACUAUUAAAUGUUUUCAGACUCGCAA